AACCAUAAGGUAAAAGUUUCUGCCACUAAUUGUGAUGUUUUCUCCAAUAUGAUUUAUGAAAAUUUGUUUGACAAACUGUAGAUAACCGAGUUCCGCUGGUUUUGGUAGUGUGCAUCGUACUAUUCAUAUCUAAACAAAUCUAAGACAAAAAUUUUGAAACGGAGAGAGUACUUUUGUGGUCAAUAAACCUUUUAUUGCCAGAAUUUUUUUCGCUGAAAUGGUGUCUUCUUAAUUUCCGUUCACAAUUAUCUAUGUUUUUUCAAUAAUAAUUACCUAACAUUUGCUAGACUUUAUCGGGUGUAUUACAUGCUUCUUUGCCUGCUCUCUGUUUCAUUAUUAAACUUGACCACAAGCUUCAUAACUGCGAUUUCAUAAAUGGUGACCGUAGCUCCUUUGAUGCAAAAAUAUAUAUAACUUUGAAUUAUUAGGUCGUUACGCAUUCGUAUUUUAUGAUUGUGCUCGCAGGGCUAGCUGUCCCACCCACUGCACACCAGGUGAAAAAGAACCUAGCAAAAAGAUGAAUUUCCACACUUGCAUACUAGAAUAUGGGCACAAUUAUUUAGCCCCUGCUUGGAACACGCGAAUUCUUUUGCGAAAGGGGGAGGGGCAGGUAUCCCCUGGUGGUAUCCACGGUGUUUGCUCAUUCAUAUAGUACUAUUUUAUACCGACUGCAUUGCUAGUCCAGGCAAAGUCAAUGUACUUAGAUUUGGUCGUUGUUGUGGUUCAUGGAAAAUUGUGGCAAAAGAAGGUGGCCACUGAGCUCGGGCUCACAGUUUAAUCCGUCGAUCGAUCAAUCGGAAGGAGCAAAGAAGGACCAUGUAAACGUAUUAAUUACAGUACACUACAGAAAUAAGUACACUAUGCAAUGCGCGCUAUUCCAAUUAGUCCACACACGCUUGCAGACCGAGCUCAUAUAUGGAUGAAAACGACUUACAUUUGGCACGACCGAUGGCGUCGAUGGGACUUUACCAUUUUACCCCGACCUGGAGCAUGGCCACAUAUGGUGGUGACGAGGUCGUGGUGACAUGAGAUUGCCUCUGCCAGCCUGACGCCACUAACGUGCGUGCAUGAGUGCGUAUAAUUAACUCUUGAGCACGAUGGAUUACUGGCCAGAUACUUGCUUAAUUUGUUCACAGGGUAACUGGUGAACACAAACGACAUUGACCAUGCAUGCACUCAUAGAGAUGAAAUCAAAACCUAGCUGCCGAUGUACUCGAUGUGUAUGUGUCAGUCGUUUUGUUUAGUUGCCAUCUCAAUUAUCGCAUGUGCUCGAUGCCGAUCCAUCCCCUGACCCCUCUUGCCUACGUCGCAUGCAGCUGAUUUUAUAACUUAUAAGGCGCAAUUUUAUGUGCAAGUGGCAGGCCCCAUUAGUUUACGCGGUUACAUAGGGGUACCAUAUAUACUAAAACCGUGGACGCACAGUUAGCUGCUUAAUCUGACUCUGAGAUCGAGGCGAGGAAAGUUAGUUGAGAACUUGAGAGAGAUGAAGCACAUCAAGAAAAGCAGCAGCUCGUCCAGGCUUGUCUGCGGCGACGACCGUUCGGCGGCGGCGUUGAAGGAGAUGGCCAGGGAGCAGUCCCUGGUGACGCAGCUGCGCGCUGUCGUGCUGCCGGCGAUCCAGCUAGCCGGCGGCGAGCGCGCCGAGGUCGUCGCCCAGAUGUUCGAGAGCAUACUGGACUGCUCGGCCAAGGCCAUAGCCACGCUGAAGCUUCUUCGUCUCGAUCAUUCUCAAGUUGAUGAUGCGGUGCUGCCGACGGCGAUGGUGGACGACAAGACGAGAGUCAGGAAGAUCGUCACUGGUGACGGAGAGAAGGACAGCGACGACAAUGCCAAGCCCCUUCGCCGUCAGCGCAAGAGAAGGAGAUUAGCCGAUGACUCCGUGGCGCUUGAAACGCCUGUUCCUCACUACGAUGGCCACCAAUGGAGGAAGUAUGGUCAGAAGAUCAUCAACCACACAAAGCAUCCAAGGAGUUACUACAAAUGCACCUACAAGCAAGAACAGGACUGCAGAGCAACGAAGACGGUGCAACAGCAGCAACAAGACGCCGGCGUCGACGAUGACCCCGCCAUGUACGCCGUCGUCUACUACGGUCAACACACCUGCAAGCCCGGCCAGACCGAUGCUGCCGUCGUCGAGACAGCAAGCACCGGUAGGUGCGGUGAAGGCGGGGGAGAGGAGCAUGCACGGAGCAACAGCCAGUGCAGCAAUAUCUCAGUGACUUGCUCUUCGAUUGUCGUUGACCACCACCAGACGACGACGGCGGCGUCCCUCGAGAGCAGUUGCAACCUGCUCGACAUGGCGGGAGACUUGGCUACUCCAGAGGUGAACCAGUAUGAUCAGCUGUUUGACGUGGAUUCAUUUUCGCCGUUGGAUUUGGGGACGGCCUGGGCGACGGAUGUGAGCGGGCAUGGGCUCCAAAAGUUUGGAGGCUGGUAAUAAUAAAAUUCUG